AUGCCGACUGUAGAAAAGGACGUUGACGAUGUCACUUCGCCGCCGUCUGCUAGGGCAGGUCUGCAUGUCCGACAAGAGUCUACCACUUUGACCACAUUAAGCAGGCUCUUCGCCGUACAGGCAGCUGUCUCGCCCCAGCAUUCUCGCCAGCCUUCAUACGUGAUGCCGCCUCGUUAUCCUUCUAGCUACAGUCGCUCUUCCUACUCGGCUCAGACAGCUGCCCUACCGGACCAUCUGUAUUCACGUGGCUUGCUGUCUGGGAAGCAUUCUGAUAUCACUGUGCACGCCUUCGGCCAUCAAUACAAGCUUCAUCGCUUAAUCCUGGAUCGUGCUCCUUUCUUCGCCAGUGCUUUCAGUGAACCAUGGCUCGAGGCCAGUGCCAAAGACAUCACCGUUCAUCCAGAAGACAUCGAUAGCUCUAUCACGCAGUCAGCGUUCGAAUUGGCCCUGAAGCGUUUGUAUGGAGCAUCAAGGAUCUCCGAAGAAGACCAGAACCCAGUCGGUCUGUUCGCAACUGGAUGCUGGCUUGAGAUGCAAGAUCUGGUAGACUCUUCAAUUGAGUCGAUGCUGCGGCAAAUGACACCGGAAACAUUGUCUCCGCUUGUCAAGCUGGUUACGAGCAAUUAUUAUGGUAGAGCAGGCGACAAGGUUCUUGCCAGCGCCAAGUCGAUGCUCUGCCGAGAUGGAUGGAGGAUGCCCCUGAAGUUUUGGGACGGCAUACCCGGCGAUAUCAUCAGAGAGAUCGUGGGUGGCGACGGGUUUUUCAUCGAUGGCGAGUGGGACAGAUUCGUCCUUGCAAAACGACUUCUCGAUCGCCGCCUACGCCAGCAAGCCAUUGCAGCUGGAUUGGUCGAGCCAGGCCACCCACGAAAAUUAAAAAAGGCUCCCGAAGCAGCAGGUCUAACGGCGAUUCGAUUCGACUCAGUAUAUAGAAGGAGUAACGCAUGCGCCGGUAGAGGCGUGCCAGAGAGUCUGCAGAAGUGGGUGACGCCGUACACAUCCAUCGAAGUUGAACCUAUUCUGGUUUUGCUCGACGAAGGCAUACAUUACGUCCACCUCGAUUUCGAACAGCUUCAAUAUAUUCGCAAUGCCAAGGACUGCCUUGGUCUUCCUGUAUUGUCAGAUACGGUCGUAAGCAGUGCUCUAUGGCAGCAAAUGGAGCUGAGGCAAAAGGUCAUGAACGCCAGGGAAGUCGAGUUGGAGCUGGGCCUCAGCGUAGAGUGUGCUGAAGAUGCUGCUCUCAACACGAACAGGGACACGACAAUGUCGAUCCACGAGUCGUCUAUGUCAAAAGGUAAACGCAAGGUUGGAGAUCCUGAUGAGGCAGCAGAGGAUGUGAUCGACAGUGGAUCCUGGGAUGGGAAUGGAAAACCACGAAAGUUUUGGAUCCCAAGCAGUGACUGCAACAUCGUAAUGGGAGGCAAUGCGGAACCCAUAAUCGCGACGUCGAAUAACACAACACUGCAACGCCACGCAAGCCGUUUAAGUGCCACGAUUCAACCGGAGGACGUCCAGUGGGUUGCUGACUUUGCUGCGGCAACAUCACAGCCUCGAAUUCCGCCCCAGAUGCCAACAGCGGACUGUAUUCACCCGCCUGAACCGGUCACAGUUAGCUGGACUGCCUUCCCGCCGUUCCGCUUCUCGUGCGAGUUUCCGAAUCCUAGGCUCCUCAAGGAAAAGAAGCGAGUCUAUAGCCGAACUGUGUUCUAUGCCGGGUCAUUGUGGAACAUCUACAUCCAAAAGGUUGCAUCCUCCCGCAGCAAACAGCUAGGUGUCUACCUGCACAGAGCCAAGGAACGCGAGACCGAGGAAGUCGUCGCUGGUACUUCUGGUUUAGCACAAGGCAGUGUCGAUGAACGGAUUGGCCAGCUAGAACGGGAGAUGAUUAUGCGCAGCGAGCGCCGGGAACGUCGACAACGGCGGAGGACCACCAUCGCAUCAGACGGAAUGGAUGGUAAUGACAUCGACAGCGGUGACAGUGCAGGCAUUGAUGAAGACCAUUCUCUUUCGAACGAGCGGGACACUCACCCCAAUUCUAGAGCAAACAGGAUGCAAAAUCUGCUCUCCAGACGGCAUCACAAGGACAUGGACAUAUUGGGCUCAUCACCGCCUUUGGCUGAACCUACGUCCUCUGGCCAUUCCAAUUCUACUCAAGAUGCACACAGUACAAGGUGGGACUCGGAAGCGGAUGACACUGAAGUGGAGAGACUCUCGGCCGCCUCAUCUCGCCUUCAUAUUCCUACCCUGCCGCCGUACGUUGACAUACGACCCACGAUCAAGACCUAUUUCAAGAUCUAUUCUCCUUCGCGUGGCGGGCGUAUGCUAUCUGUAUACGAAAGCGCUCCGGAUAAGUUUAACUUCUCACAGUCCUGGGGCUGGAAGAGCAGUACCUUAAUGCUGGAUGAGGGCCUUUUGGGGGAUGACGAUGAGUCCAGCAACAGGAAGACAAUGAAGGGAAGAGGUGAUGGCAAAUUGAGAUUUAUGGUGGUCAUUGGAAACAUUUGAUGGAAUGACUCAACGCUAGGAGACCUUGAUUGGUCUGAUAUGAUUGAUGAACCCAGAGCACUAGAUACCCAUUGACACAAAAAGAAUUGCUUGUGAUGAUUG